AUGGCUUCCGUACAUUUCCCGGGAGAGGAGAACAUCGAGGCUGCGAGUAAUAUUCAAGAGGUCCCCAGCAACAUCUCCAAACCGACCCAACGACAGAGAUGGGCCACUACGCGACAUGCCGGCACCGGUGGUGUACGGAAACGUGUCUCGAUCAUGGACCGUUUUCACAAGCGCCAUGAGCUGAGAGAUGAAAAGCGCAGAUCCCAUCAGAGCACUGCUACCGAGAACUCAACAAACAAUGCCUCACCGAAUGGCGAAGUGUCCGGCGAGAACCGAACGAUCUACUUCAACAUCCCGAUCCCCGAGUCUGAACGUGACGAAGAAGGUCACUUGAACUUCGCCUAUCCUCGAAACAAGAUCCGAACCGCCAAGUAUACCGCUUUGACGUUUGUUCCCAAGAAUAUUUGGUUGCAAUUCCACAACAUUGCCAACAUUUAUUUCUUGUUCGUUAUUAUUCUCAAUUUCUUUUCCAUCUUCGGUGCCAACAACCCCGGAUUGAACGCUGUUCCCCUGAUUGUGAUUAUCGUUGUGACGGCCAUCAAGGAUGCAAUUGAGGAUUGGGGCCGAACCGUGUCGGAUAACCAAGUCAAUAACUCCCCGGUAUACCGUCUGAUCGAAUGGAACAAUGUGAACUCCACCGAAGAUAACAUUUCAACAUGGCGUCGUUUCAAAAAGGCCUGCACACGGGGAAUCAUCAAAUCUUACCAAUCAAUGAUCGGGCUAUUUAAGAAAACGGAGGAGCCAGAAGAUGCCGAGGGCGGACAACGACGUGACUCGUUUAUGACCACGGCCACUCAACGGGCUUCCGUUUACUCUCACCGCGACUCCCUGGCUGCCGAUGUUGCCAUUCCGAUGACAGAUGUUCCCUCACCUCAGCCGGAAGCUCGCGAGGAUUGGCCAACAUCACCUAACGCUGACAACAAAUUCCUUUCACCUGAUAGUGCCCUUCGUGACAGCCAUGCUGCCCCGUCUUCAGACCGAAAGAAUGGAAGUGUGUUGGACCACUCCAAGCAAACUCCUGGCAAGGCCCGUUUCAAGAGAGACUACUGGAAAAAUAUUCAAGUCGGUGACUUUGUUCGAUUGUACAACGAAGACCCUAUCCCCGCCGAUAUUGUUAUUUUGUCUACCUCGGACCCCGAUGGAGCUUGCUAUGUUGAAACCAAAGGUCUGGAUGGCGAGACAAACUUGAAGGUCCGUCAAGCAUUGCACUGUGGUCGCCAAGUCCGACAUGCCCGAGAUUGCGAAAAAGCCGAAUUCACCAUCGAAAGUGAGCCGCCUCACCCAAACCUUUAUUCCUACAAUGGUGCCAUCCGGUGGGAUCAGCGAGACCCCAACUACCCGGAAGCGCCUCGUAAGGAAAUGGUGGAGCCGGUGAGCAUCAACAAUAUGCUCCUGCGUGGAUGCUCUCUGCGGAGUACCGAAUGGAUUCUCGGUGUUGUCGUUUUCACCGGUGGAGAAAGCAAAAUCAUGCUGAACUCAGGUGCCACUCCUGCUAAGCGUGCUCGCCUGGCCAGAGCUUUGAACUGGAACGUCAUUUACAAUUUCAUUAUCCUGUUUUUGAUGUGUCUUGUUGCUGGUAUCGUCAAUGGUCUGGCGUGGGGUUCCAAUGAUGAAUCUUUGAACUUCUUCGACUAUAGCUCCUACGGAGGCACACCUCCUGUGACCGGUAUUGUCACCUUCUGGACAGCCGUGAUUCUCUUCCAGAAUUUGGUUCCCAUUUCCCUUUACAUUUCGCUCGAAAUUGUGCGAACGAUUCAGGCGGUCUUCAUCCACAGUGAUGUGUACAUGUACUACGAGAAACUGGGGCUCUACUGUGUGCCCAAGUCUUGGAAUAUCUCUGAUGAUGUGGGCCAAGUGGAGUAUAUCUUCUCCGAUAAGACUGGAACCUUGACACAAAACGUCAUGGAAUUCAAGAAAGCCACAAUCAACGGUCGCUCCUACGGUGAAGCCUACACGGAGGCCCAGAUUGGCAUGAGGCGACGUGAAGGUGCCAAUGCUGACGAGGAGGCCGCACAAGCUCGCGCACAGAUUGCGCUUGAUGGUCAGAAAAUGCUUGCGGAGCUCCGUCGCCUCCAUGACAACCCGUACCUGCGUGACGAAAAUUUGACUUUCAUUGCGCCCAACUUCGUUACCGACUUCGAGGGCCAAUCUGGUGCAGCGCAGAAGGCUGCCGUCGAGCACUUUAUGCUCUCAUUAGCUGUUUGUCACACCGUCAUCACUGAACACACUCCCGGCGAUCCUCCUCAGAUUGAGUUCAAGGCUCAGUCUCCUGACGAGGCCGCCCUUGUCAGCACUGCUCGAGACUGUGGUUUCACAGUACUCGGUCGUUCCGGUGACGAUUUACUUCUGAACAUCAUGGGUGAAGAGCGUACCUAUACUGUCUUGAACACUCUGGAAUUCAACUCGUCCCGUAAGCGAAUGAGUGCUAUUAUUCGCAUGCCCGAUGGUACGAUUCGUCUUUUCUGUAAGGGAGCUGACAGUGUCAUCUAUUCUCGACUCGCUCGUGGCAAACAACAAGACCUUCGACGCCAGACAGCUGAGCAUCUGGAAGAGUAUGCAAAGGAAGGUUUACGUACUUUGUGUGUUGCUGAUCGACUUCUGAGCGAGGAAGAGUACCAGGCCUGGAACAAGGAGCAUGAUAUCGCAGCCGCCGCCAUCGUCGACCGUGAGGACAAACUGGAAAAGGUCUCAAGCGAGAUUGAGCAAGAACUGAUGCUUAUUGGUGGAACUGCCAUCGAGGAUCGACUCCAGGAUGGUGUCCCAGACACCAUUCAACUCCUCGCUGACGCUGGUAUCAAGCUGUGGGUCCUCACUGGUGAUAAGGUGGAGACCGCUAUUAACAUCGGCUUCUCAUGCAACCUUUUGAACAACGACAUGGAACUCAUUGUACUCAACAUCGGCGAACAUCAGAUGGAGCAAGGUCACCAGGAGCUCGACAAGCACCUGCAGAGCUUCGGCAUGACUGGCUCAGACGAGGAGCUGGUUGCCGCGCGCGCGGAUCACAGCCCACCGGAGCCUACUCAUGCCGUGAUAGUUGAUGGUGAGACUCUCAAAUUGAUGCUUUCCGAUGAACUGAAGCAGAAAUUCCUCUUGCUUUGCAAACAAUGCAAGGCUGUUCUUUGCUGCCGUGUCAGUCCUUCUCAGAAAGCUGCUGUCGUCAACAUGGUUCGUCACGGUCUCGACAUCAUGGCCCUGUCCAUUGGUGACGGUGCCAACGAUGUCGCAAUGAUUCAAGAAGCCGAUGUCGGUGUAGGUAUCGCUGGUGAAGAAGGCCGACAGGCUGUCAUGUCCUCCGAUUAUGCCAUUGGUCAAUUCCGAUACCUUCAACGUCUGCUCCUUGUUCACGGAAGAUGGUCCUACCGUCGCCUGGGAGAGUGCACAGCCAACUUCUUUUACAAGAACUUGGUAUGGACGUUUGCACUUUUCUGGUACUGCAUCUACAACCAGUUUGAUUGCUCUUAUCUUUUCGACUACACCUACAUCGUUUUGGUCAACCUGGCGUUUACUUCUCUUCCGGUCAUUUUCAUGGGUAUCUUCGACCAAGAUGUUGAUGACAGGGUCUCCCUGGCUGUGCCCCAGCUCUACAUGCGAGGUAUUGAGCGAAAGGAGUGGUCCCAACUCAAGUUCUGGUUGUACAUGGCUGACGGUCUUUACCAAUCGGUGAUUUGUUUCUUCAUGCCGUACAUGCUUUACCAAGCCGCGAACUUCGCAACUGCAGAUGGUCGCGACGUCAGCGAUCGAGAGCGUAUGGGUAUCCUUGUCGCAACCUGUGCCGUUCUUUCCAGUAACACCUACAUCAUGAUGAAUACCUACCGAUGGGAUUGGUUCACAUGCUUGAUCAACGCGAUCAGCUCAUUGUUGAUCUUUUUCUGGACUGGUAUCUAUUCAUCAUUUACUUCCUCCGAUCAGUUCUACAAGUCAGCCGCUGAGGUGUACGGUGCUCUGAGCUUCUGGGUUGUUUUACUUAUGACAAUCAUGAUCGCUCUGCUCCCUCGCUUCGCACACAACGCCAUUCAGAAGGUGUUCUUCCCUCUGGAUGUGGAUAUCAUCCGUGAACAAGUUACCAUGGGAAAAUUUAAGUACCUGGAACAGUUUGAAGACUAUGUGCCCCCAAAAGCAGCAGAACCAGUUCCCACCGCCACGAGUACCGAUUCAGCGGCAUCAUCGGAUCUGGCCAAGCCGAUUCAACCCAUGAUGAAGCAGGAUCCAGGUAUCCCGGAUGAUGAGCGACCCUUCUACCCACCGACAGUCGGAGUUACUCAUCACCCGAAUGGUCACAAUCCUCGCAGUCAGAACGGAAGCAAUGGCACCAACUACACUGCCAGUCUCGAUCAGUACCCGCAUCCUCAGUCAGUGGACUAUGUACGACGGUCCCAUGACCGAACUCGACAUUCGUUUGAACGGGCACGGCAAAGCUUUGAGCAGAGCAAUGACUUCACCUCUGCUGCUAUGCUGCAACGUGUGGAAUCGAGUCAUACUGAAGUUGCUCAAGAUCCCUUCAAAACCCCUGAUGAGCUUCCUGCACAUAGUAAUCUAAUUUAA